AUGGCGUCCACCACCACGAGGCUCGUCUGUGCUCCACUCCUGAUGCUGCUCCUGCUCUCUGUGUCCACGGCCAACUCAGUUCAAGACACCGGCAGCUCACUCAGAAGCUCCACCCAGAAGAAUGUGUUCAUCCUCGACAACUACGGCGCCCGUGGUGACGGGAAGCACGACGACACGCAGGCGCUGGCCAAGGCGUGGAGCGCGGCGUGUUCCUCGUCCCGGCCGGCCGUGCUGCUCGUCCCCAAGGGCAAGACCUACCUGCUCAACUCCAUCACCCUCUCUGGUCCGUGCAGAUCCAGCAUUGUCUUCAAGGUGAAGGGCACGCUCAUCGCUCCUCCGAGCAUGUCAGCGUGGAGCGAGAACGACAGGAGGCGCUGGAUCUUCCUCCAGCGCAUCACCGGCCUCACCGUCAAUGGUGGCGGGACCAUCAACGGCAACGGUGAGAUCUGGUGGAAGAACUCGUGCAAGACCAACAAGGCUCUGCCGUGCAAGGGGGCUCCCACGGCCCUGACGUUUCACCUCUGCACUAAUCUAAAGGUGGAGAACCUGAAACUUGUAAACAGUCAGCAAAUCCAUGUGUCGGUUCAGGACUGCAGCAACGUGCACUUGGCCCGCCUGUCCAUCACGGCGCCUGGCACCAGCCCCAACACCGACGGCAUCCACAUCACCCACAGCAAAUAUGUGCAGGUCAGAGAUUGUCUCGUCAAGACCGGCGAUGACUGCAUAUCCAUCGAGAAUGGAACUCACAAUCUUCAUGUCACAAAAGUUAUUUGUGGCCCGGGACAUGGCAUCAGCAUUGGAAGCUUAGGUGAUGGUAACUCCAGAGCCGAGGUAUCCCAUAUUUACAUUGAUACCGUACGAUUGUAUGGCACGACCAACGGAGCCCGGAUCAAGACAUGGCAGGGAGGGAGUGGAUAUGCUAAGGAUAUCGUGUUCCAGAACAUGAUCAUGGAUAAUGUGCAAAAUCCAAUUAUCAUUGACCAAAAUUACUGCGACUCCGCCAAGCCAUGCAGGAGCCAGAAUUCAGCGGUAGAGGUACGUGAUGUGGCGUUCAAGAAUAUUCGAGGGACAACCAUUUCCAAGGAUGCCAUCAAGCUGAGUUGUAGCAAGGAUCUCCCUUGUUCUGGCAUUGCCUUAGAGAACAUCGACCUUAAAUUGGAGGGUGGCAAGGGUGACACCGAGAGUACUUGCCAGAACGCGAAAUGGAGGAAGUCAGGAAAUGUUAUUCCACUACCAUGCAAAGGAAAGAUUAAGUUGUAG